AUGGAUUUUUUUUUGCAGAAGUUAAUCACAACGUCGGGAGCUCCUACGACGGUGACCACGACGAGGGAAGAACAAGAGGAGGAAGCGCGAAGGCGGUUGGUCGAAUCUCGUAUACCUCAAAUGACUACCAAGGUGACCACGACGACAACUACCGGUGGAUUUGUACAGCAUGUUCAUGAUGAGGUGCCACCACCGUCACAGGUCACGACUACCACCCGAACCGAUGAGGAUACUCAAUUGAGGCGCACUGUAGCAACACGACAAGUGGAACCUUCUACUGAGAAAACUACCACAACUACUACCACUUCUUAUGUACAGAUGACCGGAUCUCGACCCUCUGCCCCAGCACCGCUGACCCAGCAGAGCACCAAAGAAAGCGAAGAGUCGCGAUAUAGGGACAGCUUUAUCGCGGUGAGCUAG